CUUGGUUAGUGACAUUCUUAUGUUUAUUUAUUUUAGAAAGCGCUGUACAAAAUGAAAAUGGAAGCCAUGGCUUAUGACCGAUAUGUGGCAAUUUGUCACCCCCUCCAUUACUUUAUCUUCAUGAGUUUACGACACACUGUUAUACUUGCAGCUGCUUCAUGGAUCAUUGGUUUCAUGGACACUACAGGACAUGCUGUUCUCAUUUCCAAAAUGUCUUUUUGUAAAUCCUACCUUAUUGAUCACUUUUUUUGUGAUCUUCCACCAUUGCUGAAGAUUUCAUGCAGCGACAAGUUUACAGUGGAGAUGUUAACAAUUGGAGAAGGGGCAAUCUUUGCUGUUCUUGCUUUCCUGCUCACUCUUUUGUCCUACAUGUUUAUUGUGGCUUCUGUUUUGAAAAUAAAAUCGGCAGAAGGUCGUAAAAAGACAUUUUCCACCUGCAUCUCCCACCUAACCUGUGUUUCUGUCUUUUAUGUAACGAUAACUUCUUUGUACAUGAAACCCACAUCAAGCUAUUCCCUCAAACAGCACAAAUAUUUUGCUCUUCUAUUCAUUGUCUUAAUUCCGAUCCUUAAUCCUGUUAUAUACACACUGAAAAACCAAGAAGUUAAGGAUACAUUGAAGAAAUUAGUGCACAGGAUGGUCAUUAAAAUAUCCUAAAGAGCUU